AUGGCAGAACUUGCUUCAGCUACUCAACUUGAUGAGUUAGUAAAAAACACUUGGUUCAAGAACCAGCAUAUCAAAAGGAGGAAGCAGCAGCUGCAAACUCAGCCAAGUAUAGCACUAGAAGCACCAAACCAAAUCAUCACAGUGAAUGAGGAAACCUCCUUAUCCGUAACUUCUACAAACACUCGUCCCAUUAGUCCCAGUGUUGUGAAUGCCUAUGACCAUGAACCAUCUGGUUUCAAGCAACCUGGAGGGGCUGGUUACCUCUGUGUGGAAUGCAUCAUGGGAUUCUCAGCCUCAGGAUCUCCGUUAUGUCUGGGCGUCUCUGAUCUUCCUUUAGCCUCCAUUCCCUAUGACCUAGAUCAGUUUACACAUCUACAUGCCUUACCUGGGGAUGAUCACCCCAACAGUUUAGAUCAGUGCCUCUUCCCAAAGUGCCCUGGUUGA